AUGCCCGGAGCCAGUGCCCGCUUGCUCGCAUCCCUGCUCCUGGCUGCGGCCCUUUCGGCCACCCCGGGGCUCGGGUCACCGGUGAAGGAAAAGCGAGGCUGGACCCUGAACAGCGCCGGCUACCUGCUUGGCCCACAUGCCAUUGACAACCACAGGUCCUUCCACGACAAGCUUGGCCUCGCCGGCAAGCGGGAGCUCCCUCCUGAGGACGACGCGAGGCCAGGAAGCUUGGACAGGCCGCUUCCCGAGAGCGACGAGCGCACUGUGCGCACGAUAAUGGAGUUCCUGACUUUCUUGCAUCUCAAAGAGGCCGGGGCGCUGGUGCCCGUGCUCCCGGCGGCCGUUUCCUCAGAAGACGCGGAGCGGGCGGCCCCGAGGGAGCCAGGCAGGUUCAUGACGUCACAUGAGGCCCCGCUGUAG